AUGGUGAAUGUGAAAGGAGGGAACGAUUAUGAUGAAUGGGGAUGGGUUGACGAAUCGCCUGCCAAGAAUACGGUUCCGUUGAAAUCUAUUGGCAAUACUCCUCCCGUAAGUCCGGUUAAGAAGAAUACUCCUCAAGCUGAAUCGAAUUCCGCUAACCGCAAAAAUGCCCAGGAUCUGUUAACGAACUACGCUAACAACAUACGAAAGCUCAUCUUAACAGCUCGGAGUCAGAUCGGCAGUUUGAACAAAGAAAUUGAAGAACUGAAGCUUCAACUCAAAUCAAGCGGAGUUGUGAAAUGUCCGUCCUGUUCCGAAACAUUCAAAGAGCGUAAUCACAGACAAAUACCCAAAUAUAUAAAGAUAUUUCGUGGAAAGUUCACUAUUGAAUUGGAAUUUGCGAACAACGACUUGUUAGCUGAAUGGCUAACAUUGAAUGGCUUGGACAAGAUGGCUGAUGGUCUUCCAACCUUAUUGCCGGUGAACACCGAGGAGGACGUUACAUUGGACAGCACUGGAAGCCAAAUCAAAACGUUGUUCACUCAAAAAACUGAAGAGACGAAAAAGAAAAAUGAAGAAGCUAGGAAGGCAAGCUUAGAAUCACGGAAGGAGAAUGUCAAAACUUCUAAAGUUGAUAAGGUGAAACAGGAGCGUGGAAAGGAUUCUAUGGAAAGCCGAAGACCUGCUACUGCAACAGAGAAGAGAAAACUCUCACCAGAAAAACAGCGAGAACGACGGUAUUCACCAGAGAAGAAACGAAUGCGAAAUGAACCAACUGAACGGAAUUCUAGUAGGGUUGAACAAACUCAGAGAACAAAAGAAAGAGAGCAACGCAGCAGUCCACCUAGGAAUCGUCCCUCUAUGAGAACACGUGGAAAAACAGAUCAGACUUCUGCUAAUGAAUCGCGAGGAAAAGAUUCUUCAAGGAGUAGAGAUAGCUCCAAAUAUCCAACGAAAGAUAUCAAAUCUCCAAGAAUUGCUUCAAAUGGCAAUAGAGAUCACUCCUCUCCUAAAGAGACUAAACCUCUUUCUAAUUGUAACAAAGAUGGUACAACUUCCAGGGUAUCGAAUAGAGACGAAAAAGAUUCCACUUCUUCUCGCCGAGAGAAAGAGAAUAGUAAGAGCAGUCGAAGAGAUAGUAGACACCCUGAAACCCAAUCGAAAGGUGAGAAACGGCUCGAUGCCCCUUGCAAAGAAGCUGAUACAUCUGAAACGUCUAAUAAACUCAACCAAAAGCACUCGUCAUCUCACAUUAGAGAUAAUGACUCAUCUCGUGCUUCUCAAAGAAAAUCAGAGAGGAUCAGAAGCAAAACUGAUGAAAGACCUAGUUCUUCACUGAGGGCUCCAUCUACUCGUUCCCGUGAGAAGCCAAAAGCUGAGCUGGAGCACAAAGACGAAGUCAAGAAAGUAUCUCCUCAAAAGCUGAUGGUGAGCUCAUCUGUAGAUCAACCGGAAGAUGGGGAAAUAGUUGAUAGCUGUACCGAAUCGAGUGAUGAAGCUGAACCGGAAAAAGCAACAGCAUCUUCAACAAUCGCAGAUAUGAAGCAGAAUACGGUUCCUCAUAGUCCGGAGAAGUCUGAACAAAUUUCGUGCAUCCCAACAACUAGUGUGGAAACUGCCAAUGAUCAAGAAGAACAUCAGCAAAAAAAAAAGUCGAAGCAAACUAUUUCGCUUACGGAGCCAAAUGAGUUAGCGUUUUGUUCACUAGAUGAGAACGAACCCUAUCAUGACUCCAUUAAAUGCAUAGAGCAACUCCCUGAGCAGACUAGUAGCAUCAAUACGACUAAGCCUAGGUCCCCGUAUAGUACAGUAUUGAUAGAGCAACCUCUCAAUCAACCUUUGCUUCAAACUAUGAAGUUUCCCGAUUUCAAGUACAGCCAUGUCGCCGAGUCUCCAGGUUUAAGAAUAUCCAACUUCGACAGCCCUGAUUAUUCUAACGGACAAACCCCAAGCGAUAAGGGUAAAUCAGAUACAGCAGCUUGUACUCCUUCAGAUUUCAACAGUGUACAUGAACAACAAGAUUCAUCUUUCACUGUUGAGAACGAAGUUGGUUUCAAUACCUCUGCUGAAAACACACUGGUUCCUGAAAAUGAUGUUAAUGAGCAGCGAUGCUCUAGCACUACCGAUGAUGAGAAUGCUAUUUGUGCUGAAAGAAUUUCAAACCCCUCAAAUAUCGAGAAUGAUUUCCAGUUACAGAGAUGCUCAAGCUCUCCCGAUGUGGAAAACGAUAUCAAUUUAGAAAGACAUUCCAGCUCCUCGUAUAUCAAAAAUGAUGUCCAUCCACAAAGAUGCUCCUCUUCUCCUGAUAUUGAGAACGAUACUAGUCAAGAUACAAGCUCAAGAUCCUCAAAUAUCGAAAUUGUUGUUCAACAAGAGAAUCAGCAGGAAGAGUUAGAUAAUGAUAGCGGUUCUCAGAACCAAGAAUAUGCUGGAGAUCAGAGCAUCCUAGAUGAUGAUGAAGAUGGCCGAACAGAAGAUGGAAAACUUAGUGAUGAAAAAACUCGGUCGACUGAUGAUAUUGUGAAUCCCUCCGAUGAAGACGAUGAUCAAAGUGAUUGUGACGAUGGAAUGUUUGGAGUAGUUGUUUCAUGUGAGGAAGAUAUUCUGAGCGACAACGCGGAUUUCAGUUGUAACGAAGAGGAGGAAGAAGAAGACGAUGGUUGUAUGUUAUCGGACAACGAUCUCUGUACGGACCAUGAGAACGAAUAUGAUUGA